AAGGAUGUGGGAUGUUAUGCAUAGAAAUAGUUGCGUGAAGGAAGAUAAAAAAAAAAAAACUGCCACACUAUGAGCUGAAAACGAACGUAACUUUUCGAACUCGCCAAUUAUCCGGUGCUUCGCUUCAUCCGUUUCGUUCGUUUUCAGUUCACUUUGUGACGCUGUUUCUUCAUAAAUAAGUGUAAACAUAUCCUUACAGUGAUAGAAGGUGGAAUUGACAUGCGGAGGCUUCCUCAUAAUGCUCUCUCUUGAUGCAAUAUCAUGAUGUGAAUUAUCUUCGUCUCAUAUUUCCAGCGUCCGUCAUCCUGCCGGCGCGCGACCACCCACGGGCCGCCCUCAGCCAGCCCUGCCUCCGGCGGGAGCGCUGCGCGGGGCUCCGCCAGCCGACGUGGCGCGUGUUGGUCGCCACGGUGCGCCCGCCCUCCGUCUGCUCACACACUGUCACGCCCUCGCUCUCCAAAGGUUUGAGUGCCCGAGGACGCGGUGCGCUGCUUCCUUCCCCAGGGCACAGGGAAGGUUCGGCAGCCCACGGGAAGGCGCGGAAUGGCCACUACGGGCGUUUGGCAGGCCUUGGAUUCGCAUGUGUUCCUUGCACUCUUGAACCACCUGGAUGCUGCUCUGCCCAAGAUAGCACCUGCGUGUGGACGGUAUAAUUUUCUCUUUUUCCUUGGCGGAGUGAAGUGCCCUCCUUCAAGAGCGAGAGGGCGUUUGAGUGAUGAUGGGUCCUCCUGACGAUGCUGUGACAAAGGCAAGAGCGGUGGCCUGGCCUCUGUCAUCUUCCCAACACUAUCCAGAUCAGCAAAGUGAAAGUCAGCUUAUUUGUGGAGUCAUAUAUGCCGCAGAAGCAUGACCUCCCAGGCUCCACCACUAACGAGGGCCCUCCACUUGUCCCUCACAGGAGUCGGUCACCCAGUGCUUGAAAGAGACAGGACUAGCUAGUCGCAACUUCUUAACUUCCAUGAAUGUUUGUUAGUGACAUAAUGUGUUAUUUCUAAUUUUUCGUCUCUAGUCUUUUAAGUUUAAAAGUCCCAACCACAGUGAUGUACUACUGAUGUACUACAAGAAAAAAGUCAGAAUAAAAUUAUAUGAAAAACAUUAUUUGUUGUGCUGUACAUAGUAGUGUGAGAGAAAAUGUCAAAUUGAGACGACACAACAUGAAUUCCACUUUUAACGUUACAGACAUUUAAAUCACACGUGCCGAGUUCUCUAAGAAUACCGAGUUAUGAGGGAAACCGCUAGAUAUUUGAACUUACUAGACGAAGUUACACUACAAUCCGCACACUUAUCGGGGUGUCAGUACCUUAACAUGUUGGGCAGACGAUAGGAAAGUAACAACACAACAAUUAGUUUGUUUACGUGAGUUCAAAUACAAAAUUUGGACAGUAAAUGUGUAAAUAACUAACCUUGUCU